GAAGGUGGUGGUGGUGGUGGUAGGGAAGAUGUUCGCCUCGGUGGGGCCUCGGGGCGGCCCGCGCCCACCCGUCGCCCCGGCCAUCCCGGAGCCGGACCUCAGCCAUCUGACGGAGGAUGAGAGGAAGAUCAUCAUGGCUGUGCUGGCUCGGCAACGGGAGGAGGAGGCGAAGGAGGAGGCCAUAUUAAAAGAAGAGAAGCCCAUCCAAGCGCGAACGGUGAACCUGGUCGGACAGAGGAAACCUCCGCAGCAAAAUGACGUCCGAGGCAUCCAGCAGCAGUUGACCAGCUACAGGGAGACGGUAAUCCGGCAGGCCACGGCGGCGGCGGGUUCGGCCGUUCACCGGGACGACGCGCCCACCUGCGGCAUCUGCCACAAGACGAAGUUUGCAGAUGGCUGCGGGAACCUGUGUUCGUACUGCCAGACCAAGUUCUGCGCCCGCUGUGGUGGGCGAGUGUCCCUGAGAUCCAACACGCAAGACAAAGUGGUGAUCUGGGUUUGUAAUAAUUGCCGGAAGCAGCAAGAGAUCCUCACCAAGCCAGGGGACUGGUUCACAAGCCUGCCCGGAAAGCCUGGCGGCCUCGGCUCAGCCGUCAGCGAGCCGUCCGUGUGCCAAACGCCCGGGGAUAAGAAGCUCCGAUCUCGCUCCCAAGCACCCUCAGACUCCACCACUGCAAUACAAGACCCCAACCGACCCGGUGCACCCGGCGCCACACCUGGCACCGAUGCACGGUCACGUAGCGAACCACCACGGGACACGAGAAAUGGACGGGGAGGUGGAGGAGUUGGUCGAGGGGAGCGGCGACCAGUCCAGCCCAGGCUGCAGACCCAGGUCUCCAUGGACCGGGACCUCCGGGGGGAGUCCAGGGAGCGCAGGGAAAGCCGGCGACUGACAAAGGGUCGCUCUCUGGAGCAUGAUCCAGUGGGAGGAGGUGGCGGAGUAAGGCGGACAGAAGAGGGGGGCUACCGCCACGUGGACCACAACGGUGCCACCGCUUGCCAAGCAGGGCUGGUCCCUCCUGGAGGCCGAGGACACCCUGUGCCCAUGCAGGGUCGUGGCAUGGGAGUAGUAGGGGAGCUUGGGGAAGGCGUUCGGCCUGGUCAGAGGACGGUGGGUGGGGUUGGUGGGCCGCAUGAACACAACCUUGCUCAGCAAGCACCUCCCCCUGACCUCAGAGAGCCUUCUGGUCCGGGGCCUGCCUCGGCCCCCGGCCAGGGACCUGUAGUGAGGCGGACCAAACGGGAGAAGGCUGAGAGCAUGCUGCGCAACGAUUCGCUAAGCUCUGACCAGUCGGAAUCAAUUCGUCCGCCACCCCCGAGGCCCUACAAGUCAAAACGAGGGCUGGGGGCUGGAGGGAAGAGACAAACCAGCGUCAGCAGUUCGGAGGAGGAAGGAGGGACCACGCCUGAGUACAGCAGCUGUGAGGAUGCGGAGAUUGAAAGUGUCAGCGAGAGAGGUGACUGGGAGUGUUACCCACAUGACCCCAGUGUAUGGCAUCAUCCUGUAACCUGGCAGCCAUCUAAGGAGGGAGACCAUCUAAUUGGACGAAUCACCCUCAGCAAGAGGGGCACUGCAAUGCCUAAAGAAGCUGGGGCUCUGCUGGGGUUAAAGGUGGUGGGAGGCAGAGUAACAGAGUCGGGGAGAUUAGGUGCCUUCAUCACUAAAGUCAAGAAGGGCAGUCUGGCUGACGUGGUGGGACAUCUUCGAGCAGGGGAUGAGGUUUUGCAGUGGAACGGCAAGCUGUUACCAGGGGCGACGAUGAAGGAAGUUUACAACAUCAUUCUAGAGUCUCAAGCUGAGCCUCAAGUGGAGCUGGUGGUAUCCAGGCCUAUUGGGGUGUGUAGAAAAUAUCAUGAUAUCCCAAGAAUCCCCGACACGUCCCACCCUCCGUUAGAAUCUACAGGUUCCAGUUCUUUUGAGUCACAGAAGAUGGAGAGGCCGUCCUUAAAUGUCCUGUCUCCCUCCAGCCCCGGGAUGCUCCAAGAUGCUCCACAGUUAAUGCCAGGGCAACUCUCAGUGAAGCUGUGGUAUGACAAAGUCGGUCACCAGCUAAUAGUCAACGUGCUGCAGGCUGUAGAGCUUUCGCUUCGGCCUGACGGGAGGCCCAGGAGCCCCUACGUCAAAAUGUACUUCCUCCCUGACCGCAGUGACAAGAGCAAACGAAGGACGAGAGCAGUAAAGAAGACCUGCGAGCCCAAGUGGAACCAGACAUUCGUCUACACUCAUGUCCAUCGCAGGGAUUUCCGCAACCACAUGCUGGAGAUGACUUUGUGGGACCAACCCAGGUCUCCAGAGGAAGACAGCAUCUUUAUGGGAGAGGUCCUGAUAGAGCUGGAGACAGCCUUACUGGACGACAAGCCUCACUGGUAUCCACUCCAAACCCACGAUGUAUCAUCCAUACCGCUGCCCCGAGCCUCCCCGUACCUUCCCCGGCGACACACACACACAGACACCCCUGGCAAGAAACUACAGCCAGCAGAUGGGCGAGGAAGGGAAAGGCAAAGGGAGUCUACAUCUACUCUGGAGGUGCCAGAGCAGCAGAGGACGCCCGCCCAUCACAUACGAUCCCGCUCGGUCUCCCCACACCGCGAGGAGCAGGGGCGAAUUCGGUCACGGCCACCCAACGUUCCCACCCAGAGGAGUUUGGAUGAUGAGCUUCCUCACUCUCGUCGUCCUCGUUCUCCGACCCGCUUCUAUGACGCUCCCAGAGGACGCCACCAGGAGGAGGAGUACCUGGAAGACAGUGAGAUCAUCAUGAUCCACCAGUCAAUGCGAGGCAAAAGUGCUGAGUGCCUCCACACCAGGAGAUCCACUAAGCACAAUAACACACUGCCGCCUAAGAUGCCAAUUUUGUUCAAUGGCAUCCCCAAACCCGCAAACAGUUCCACGCUGCCUGCAUGUCGAAAGAUGAGCUCUGUCAGGGGAUCGCAAACACUCAUGGCAACACACCAUUCCAUCACACACAGAGUUGUAAUGUUCACAGAUGAGGUGACAGUUAGUGAUCUUCAGCCUUCUCUGGACAGGGUUAGAAGUGCUAGCGCCAACUGUCUGACUCCAGAUAAUCAUGCCCCCUCAUCAGAGACUGAAAGAAAAUCUUUGUCACGUUCCCUGCCCCGGAGACGUCCGGCAAGUCCCAGGAUUCUUAUUCAACAUGCUUCCCCUGAAGAUGACAGAAUAUGGAUGCUACUUCCUUCCCAAGAGACUUUAAUUCACCUCAGUACCAAGAAGAGACAGCCUCGGACCCUGGAAACCCCUGAGUGUCAGACUCUUGGCAGGAAGCUCUCUGACAGUAGCAGGGGCCACCUCCAAGGUGGUGCGUCUCUCUCCUCCUCAGUGACCUCCUCCUCCGCCCGCAGAGUGAGGCAGCUCCCACAGCUUCCCCCCAAGAGCAGCACCGCAGAACAAGCCCUGGUAGCAGAGGAGCGUGUUCGUCAGCUCCAGAUGAGGGUUCAUUCCAACCGGAUGUCAGCUGCCACCACCUCCAGCCAACAGGACCUGGACAGAGCCCUUAAGAACAAACGGGAGCUCUACAAGGACCAGAGGAGGAGCAGUGAAAACGUUUCCCAUAAGUCCUCAGACAGUGAUGUCAGCGACGUGUCAGCCAUCUCUCGAACCAGCAGUGCCUCUCGCAUCAGUAGCACCAGCUACAUGUCCAUCCAGUCAGAGAGACCUCGGGGACGCUUCAGCCGGGCCAUGCGCGCAACGGGCCGCCACAUGAUGAUGAGCACCAGUGUGAGUGGUGAGAUCUACGGCAUGGAGCACGUUGACGGCAGCCAAUCAGACACGGCCCUGGGGAGCCUAGGGAGUGGGAUCAAGAAGCGGCGCCCGAGCCUCAGCCAACGGGUUGUUGCCAUCCUACCAUCCAGACGCAGCCGGAGUACCUCACAACUCAGCCAGACAGAAGCGGCGGGUAAGAAGGUGGACAGAAAGAAAGAGGCGCCAUCGGGCAAGAAGUCGGGCAAGGCCGGCAGCAGCAGCAUCCAGCGGAGCGUGGAGACGGGUAUGGCUGUGGAGUAUCCACGGGGAGGGUCGACCAUGAACCGGCAGGCCAGCAGAGAGUCGACAGAUGGCAGCAUGAACAGCUACAGCUCUGAGGGGAAUCUGAUCUUCUCAGGGAUGCGUUUGGGUGCUGACAGUCAGUUUAGUGACUUCCUGGAUGGUUUAGGCCCCGGUCAGCUGGUGGGUCGGCAAACAUUGGCAACGCCUGCCAUGGGUGAUGUCCAGAUAGGUUUGAUGGAUAAGAAAGGUCAGCUGGAAGUGGAGGUGAUCAGGGCACGAGGCCUUACCCCCAAACCAGGCUCCAAAUCCCUCCCAGCACCCUACGUCAAGGUGUACCUGCUGGAUAAUGGAACCUGUAAAGCCAAAAAGAAAACCAAGAUUGCACGAAAGACGUUGGAGCCUCUCUACCAGCAGCAUCUGCUCUUCGAGGAGAGUCCACAGGGCAAGGUGCUCCAGGUAAUAGUGUGGGGCGACUACGGACGAUUGGACCACAAAUGUUUCAUGGGUGUAGCACAGAUCCUAUUGGAGGAGCUGGACCUCUCAAGCACGGUGAUCGGCUGGUUCAAACUGUUUCCGCCAUCUUCAUUGGUGGACCCUACAUUAGCUCCGCUCACGCGACUGGCAUCUCAGACGUCAUUGGACAGCUCAGGACCGCCGCCAGGCGUUCGGUCCUAGUGACCGGAUAGCGACUGCAAACCCCCCUCCGAUAUCCCUUAAAUGACAAAAUGAUGAACCACAGCUGAGCCGAGGGCGACGUCCUACCCCGAGAGAACGACGACAAGAAGCCCUCGGGGUCAACCAGUGAACAGCCAGACGGAGAGUCAGGGAAUGAGAGUGAGAGAGAAAGAGGGAGAGACAGAACUAGCCAAUCAAAGCUUAGUUGGAGUCUGACAAUCACGUCUCACACCUUCCCUCUUCCUCCUCCUUACACCUUUAAGUUUCCAAAGCUUCAGCUUUCUUUGUUUCCUCCUCCAACUCGCAGCGGUAGAGAUUCCUGUUCAGCAGUCUUCUCUCUACCGUGUCUUUCUUUCUUUUGUUCUGACUUUUUUUUUUGCGCAGCCCCUAUCAGAGCACUCGAUCCGAGUAGAGUCCUUCGCCCCAGCCAAUCAGAGUAGAGCGGUAGUGCAAGGUCACAGGGAUUCAGAGUCUAAACAAUGUGUGGUAGUUGGUAAGUUGCAAACUGGCGCAGCUUCCCGCAGUUGUACUGUUACCAUAGUAACAUUGUCGUCGUGGAUGAACAUGAAGGGUGGUGGUUUGGCACAGUAUGGUGACCCCUUCAGGUGAAGGGAGUCUGCACAUUCACGUGCACAUUCUUAGCCUUGUUGUGAGAUGAGAAAGCAAGCACAAGAAACGCUUGACUCCUUUAUUUGGAGAAACAGAAAGUUUUGCUCAAAAAGGAAAAAACUGAGGCCAAAUUAACAAAUACAAAAAAAUGUCUUUUUUUAUGUCUUUGUUUUGCCUAGGGUUCAGAUUGGUACCAUAAGGUGCAGACUCCCUCUGUGUGCGUGUAUGUUUGGUUUUUAGAGCGACGGUGCACCAAAGACCCACAAUAAAGGUCCGGUCACAUUCGCCCGAACACCCUUCACCCAGUCCCCCCCCCCUCUCCCCCGUCCCAAACCCUCAAACUCCCCCUGUAGGAGGGAGCAGCAUGACUCGGGGAUGCCCCGCCCCCGGCCCCAAGCUGCAUGCACGUUUCUUUCAUUCUGUUUGUUUCGUUCUUUAGUUUUGCUCUCUAUACUUUUUUGUAAGAUCGAAGACGAGACAAAUUAACGAACAAUUCUCAAAAAACAAAAACUGAAAAAAGACUAGAUUUAUGUGUGUUAGUUCCACAUACUUUUAGGCCAGCUUGUAUGUUGCAUGUUCUUGUACAGUUUGCUCGUACUGAAUAUGAAUACAAACCGAGAAAAGCCAUCCCCGCCCCCGAAAAAGGAGCGGACCAGUGAGGGGUGGGGGGUCAACUCCACCCAGGCCACGCCUACCACUCUGGGUCUAAAUAUCCAUAUUUGGAAGUCUCCAGACAAAAAAAAAAAAAAAAAGGAUUUUUGUUUCAGUUUUCUUUGAACCCUUUGAACAACAGUGCUGUUCUGUAGUACUGAGCAUACUCGAGCCGCCGGUGUAUCUGAGGAUUUAGAUGUCGAAACUGUAGUUUAAGACAGUCGGGGCUAGAGACCGAGAUAGAGAAUGUGUGUAUAACAGCUAAAUGUAUAUGAAGUAUCAUUAUGAGUUUGACAGAAAUGAUAAAGAUAUAGAUAUAUGAAAUAAUAUAAAAAAGAGUGUAUUUGACUGUACACCCAUCACCAACACACACGCGCGCAGACACGCACACCUUGUACAUACAAAUCAGGAUUAAAGCGGCUUGAGUUUAAGAUGUGAACAAACAAAACAACGCUGACACAAACAUUCCUGGUCUUGUUGAGGGGAGUUUGCGUCCUGUUGAUGUGCUCGAGCUGCUGAGCGGCACCGAGCCACAGGGGGGCGCUAAUAGGCCUUUAUUUUUGUCCCAGUUGAAGAUAAUAAUAAUAAUAAAAAAGAAAGAAGCAAUUAGAACAAAGUUUACUUUAUUCUCCUUAAAUCACCCUUUCCCCUGUUUAUUGCUAUUGGUUUGGACUGGACUUCUGAAACCAAUGAGAGAUCUGGUUGUGCAGACAUAUUUUGCGGAUGUUUCUGUUGAAACCCUUGGCGGUGUGGCCGACUGCCUUUUCCUUUGUCAGUAUUACUCAAGGAAAUACUGAUUGUUUACAGCCCAUGGCUCCCCACUCCCAAAACCACGAUUCUAGACGAAAGACAAAGUAUUCACUGCAACAGUUCUUGUUUGUAUAACAGAUGUGGCUCUACCGAUGUGUAUGUUUUAUAUUCAAGAGUUCAUUUUUAUUAUUUACAAAUAAAAGACUGUGUGGAAGAAGA